AUGUGUAGUCAGUUACAUGCCAUUACUGCCGGCGAAUGGCAAUUGCAACAAACAAAUAAUGAAUUGCCCACUUAUGCAGCAAUAGAAUCAUUUUUAGCAAAACGUGUUUCUGCCUAUGAAGUUGGUGCAAUUUCUAAUUAUGUAGAAAAGAGUAUUCGGUCUAAAAAUAUGAGUGUCAACAACAAGACUUUCUUUACUCGUUCUAGUGAGCAAAAUUCAAUGAAGUGUCCACUUUGUACAGGUGCCCACCGCAUAUAUGCAUGUGAAAAAUUUACUCAGAUGCCAAUUUCUGAACGACAAGCCACAGUCAUGCGUUUAAAGUUGUGCUUUAAUUGUUUAAAUUUGGGUCNCAUGCGUUUAAAGUUGUGUUUUAAUUGUUUAAAUUUGGGUCAUCAAGUAAAAUCUUGUAAAUAUCCUAGUUGUCCGAAAUGUAAUAAGCGACAUAAUUCAAAACUGCACGAGGAAUCUGCAUCUUUUGUUACCAACGAAGAUUACCAUAAUGAGCAAACUAACAUUCAAGGGAGCUCUGCGGUUCUUUAUACUGAAAGUGUGGGUAUUGUUAAAAAUCAAAGUAGUGUAAUGUUAGCUACUGUCUUGAUUUAUGUAAAAGAUAGUGUGGGUCAACGUCAUUUAUGUCGUGCCGUUCUAGACUCGGGAUCUCAAUUGAAUUUCAUAACUCAGUCCUGCGCCAAGAAGCUUAACUUAUCUUUGUCUGACCAUACAUUUAAUAUUGUUGGAGUUUCAUCUAUGUCAUCGACAGCCAAACGUCUCAAUACAACAACAAUUUUUUCUAGACUUGGCAACUACCAAUAUAAUGUUAAUUUUUACUCAGUACCAAUAAUUGUCAACGCCUUACCGUCACAGUAUGUUAAUAGGAAUUCAGUGAUCAUACCUGAUCAUAUCAAGCGACAUUUGGCAGACCCACAAUUUCACCAGCCAGGGCCCAUUGAUAUAUUAAUAGGAGCGGAUGUAUUUUUUGACAUCUGGCUUGGUGAAAAAUAUUCGCUUCCUCACAGUACUAUACUUCAUCAAACCAAAUUUGGUUGGGUAGUUGCAGGGAAAUGGCCUGGUAUUGCCACAACUUCAUUACAAUCUAAUUCAUGUAUGCUUAAUGAACCUGCCUGUUUAUUUUCAACUACUAAGUUCGCUCAGCGCACCCAAGAAGAAAAGGCAGCUGAGGAGCAUUUCAGCACAACACAUAGUCGUAAUUCUGAUGGUCGGUUUGUGGUAAGGCUCCCAUUCAUGCAAAGUUCAUCGCUUUUGGGUGAUUCUUUUAGCAUGGCACAGAGACGGUUUUUUAAUUUAGAACGCCGAUUAAUUAAAAAUCCUGCCCUAGCUAAACAAUAUGAUGAUUUUAUGAAGGAAUAUUUAGUUAUGGGACACAUGGAACCCGCUGAACCUAUUAAUGAUGAACCUGUUUAUUAUUUGCCCCAUCAUGCAGUCUUUAAACAUGAUAGUACCACCACCAAACUUAGGGUAGUCUUUGAUGGUUCAGCUACUACUACAUCAGGGUUAUCUUUAAAUGAUAUACUAUUAAAGGGACCAAAGGUGCAAUCUGACAUCUUUCAUAUAUUAUUACGUUUUCGUUUGCAUCCUAUUGCUAUCACAGCAGAUGUGGCUAAAAUGUACAGGCAGAUUUUGUUACAUAAUAGUGACUGUAACUUGCAAAGGAUACUUUAUCGUUCUCAACCUGUUGAACCAUUACAUGAAUUUAAACUUCGAACUAUUACUUAUGGUACGAAAAGUGCUUCAUUUUUAGCUACGCGUUGUCUAACUCAAAUAGCACAAGAAUUGCCUUGCACCAUAACCCGUCGGAUAAUAGCUGAAGAUUUUUAUGUGGACGACCUAAUCAGUGGUGGAAGAUUUUGGUUUUCCUUUGCGUAA